GAGGAGGAAGUGAGUUCAUGUGGAGCUUCACAGGCUGAGCUGAGCUGGACUUCAACACAAAACUCAGUUUAAUCGGCAGAGACGGACCCGCUGCUCCAGCACUCAUGUCUCCGGCGUCUGGAAUGCUGCUGGACGAAACCCCGCUGUUUGACCCCUCUCUGCUGCAGGAUCUGGACUGGAGCAGUAACACGGUGUCUUUCUCUCCCCCAGUCUCCCCCUCACAGCCUGGGGAGGGCCUGGUGCUCCGGCCCCUCAGGCCCGCCGACUUAGACAGAGGAUACUACAAGGUCUUGUCACAGCUUACGGUGGCAGGAGACGUCACAAGAGAACAAUUCAAAGCCAGUUUUGAACACAUGAAGAGGACAGGUGACUAUUACGUCAUUGUGGUGGAGGACACAAAUCUCGGACAAAUUGUUGCCACAGCAACGCUUAUCAUAGAGCACAAAUUCAUCCAUUCUUGUGCAAAGCGAGGGCGUAUCGAGGAGGUGGUUGUUAGUGACGUGUGCCGAGGGAAACAGCUGGGAAAACUGCUGGUAUCUGCACUGACUCUGCUUAGCAAAAAACUGCAGUGCUACAAAAUAACACUGGAGUGCAAACAGAAAAACGUGGAGUUCUAUAAGAAGUUUGGCUACACGGCGUCAGAUGAGACCUACAUGCAGUGCCGCUUCUUCGACUGAAUCCUUCAGCAACAUUACAGAAGCGUCUGAGCCCAGAGAGGCUCAGUCUGCCUCCAUCUUUGCAGCCGUUUUAUCUGAAGGGCCAGCCAAGAACUGCAGGUAGAUGGUGAUUAAAGGGGAAUUCCACAGAUUUUCAAAAUUUUCUGCAGUAAUAUGGUUAAGACAAAGUCAUUCAGAGUGGGUUGAUGUGAAACGUAAAAUUGAUGUCACAAAAUGACAUUUUUCACAUUUGAAAAAUGUGAAAUGAAAAAUUUCCAUCACAACUUACCAACAGUUUUUUUUACAGUGGUGAUUGUUUUAUAGCCAUUUUAUUUACUGAACAAAACCACCAGUGAACUUACACGUGUCUGAGUUUUAUAUGGAAUGAUAAAAUAGUAAAAAUCUGAAAAAUACAUUUUCUUUGGGGACUAUUUUUGCUUAUAAUAGGCAGCACAAAGUUCUCUGCAUAAAUGUAUUUUUUAAAAUAUGACUUUUUGAAAAACUUUACCUAAAAACUAUCGUCAAGCAACGUCUAAGGCAUCGAGCAACAUUUAAUGUGAUACCUUUCUGUGAGGGAGGUUUUGGGACUAAACGCUUUAAAGGUCUGAACAAUUCUGGCUCUUGUGUUUCUCUAAAUUGAAGCAUUUAUCAUCAAACCACUCUGAAUGAGAUUUUGAACAUUAGGAGGAAUUCCUUUUUAAAAAAGAGCUAAAACCUACGACGCCCUGCUGGCGACAUCCGGUAUUAAUAAAAAUAAUGCAUGGCCGUAUUAACACAUGGGAACAAGAUCCUAAUGUGUGGCCACGACUUAGUAAGGCUAGGAACAAGAUCAUGCCUUAUUAAGCUGUGGUUGAGGCGUAAUUAUCUUAUUCCCACUCCUUACCAAGUUGUGGCCACGUAUUAGGAUCUCAUUCCUACGCCUUCGUAAGUCGUGGCCACAACUUAGUAAGGCAUGCGAGUGAGAUAAUGAAGUUGUGGCCACAGCUUAGUAAGGCGUGGAGGAAAAAAAGAUCCUAACGUGUGGCCACAACUUAGUAAGGUGUGGGAAUGAGAAGUCGCAGCCACGAUUUAGUAAGGCGUGGGAACAAGAUCAUGCCAUAUUAAGCUGUGGUCGAGUCUUAAUUAUAUUAUUCCCACGCCUUACCAAGUCGUGGCCACGCAUUAAGAUCUCGUUCCUAUGCCUUACUAAAUCGUGGCCCAACUUAGUAAGGCGUGGGAAUGAGAACUAAAUUGUGGCCACAACUUAGUAAGGCGUGAGAAUGAGAUAAUUAAGUUGUGGCCAUGCAUUAUUUUUAUGUAUACAGGAUGUCACCAGCAGGGCUCCGUAAAAACAAACACAAUGAAGGAUUGCAGAGCAACAGGAUUUGAAGUCCCAGUUAUCCUUGCUGUUUUCUUGGCUGUAACUAAGAGGGUAGCUGCAUUAACGCGUGUCCUCUUUGUGGAUCACUCGUUUGGUCUUUAGUCAUCCGUACUGGAAGCCACUUCCAGUAUGUUUAAAAAGAGGUACUUGAAUAUUUUCUAAUACAGAGACAGUCUUUUCUAUUCUAUGGGGUAAUUUAUAUUUUUAAGUGUAAGAAAAAAAAGGAGAGAAUGCCAAAAUACUCUUUGAUGGAGAACAAAGAACAGUUUUCUGAUUUAUUCAGCUGAAACAGGCAUGUUUGAAGCAUGUUUCCUUACAUAUUUCCUUUUCUUCACAGUUGGAAACCUAUUAAACUUCAUUUUAGCUGUUUGUUUUUGGUUCGGCUGUAUAGUCUUAGCCACUGAUAAUUCUAUUUAAUCAUUAUUUAUUUGCAAAAAUGACAUAACAGGUGAUGGCAAAUAGAUUAUCGAUUCAAGGACACAUAUCGUAUGUUCAAAGCAAAGAACCCGUCACUACAGACCAACAAAAGCAUUUAUUUUUAUAUAUUUAUACCACAUGAGAGAAUAAGAGGCUUUAGGAUGGUUGUAAAGUUUGCUGCAGUUCUGUUUCUAUGCUGAUUUUGUAGCAGCCGCCCCGUUUUAUCAAACUGUUACAGAAGUACAGUAAUGAGAGCUUUGAAUGUGCAAUGGGGAAAAGGGUGAAAUAAAGUUAAUAAAGUAUUUUUUAAAAACAAA